AUUGGCUUGGCCAUCACAGCGCUGGAUGUAAAGGCCGCAAUCCCCAGACUAAGCAGCUCUCCAGCUGGGGCAGGGACGAGACGUGGAGCAGGCUCCCUCCCCAGGCCCCUGCAGACCCGCCUCUCAGGCCUGCGGAUCUGACACUCCACCCCAGUUUACUGCUCCCUUACCUUCCUCCUCUCAGACCCGGAGACCCUAGAGGAGAAGCCGCCGGAGGAGACAGCGGGCGAUGGGGAGCGGAGUCAGCGCUGAGGACAGACAGCUGGCCAAGCGGUCCAAGGAGCUGGAACGGAAGCUGCAGGAGGACGCAGACAAGGAGGCCAAGACUGUCAAGCUGCUGCUGCUGGGGGCCGGGGAGUCGGGGAAGAGCACCAUCGUCAAGCAGAUGAAGAUCAUUCACCAGGACGGCUACUCGCCGGAGGAAUGCCUGGAGUACAAGUCCGUCAUCUACGGCAACGUGCUGCAGUCCAUCCUGGCCAUCGUCCGCGCCAUGUCCACCUUGGGCAUCGACUAUGCCCAGCUGAGCUGUGCGGAUGACGGGCGGCAGCUCAACAACCUGGCCGACUCCCUGGAGGAGGGCACCAUGCCCCCCGAGCUGGUGGAGGUGAUCAGGAGGCUGUGGCAGGACGGCGGGGUGCAAGCCUGCUUCGACAGAGCGGCAGAGUACCAGCUCAACGACUCAGCGGCCUACUACCUGAACCAAUUAGACCGGAUUACGGCCCCCGACUACCUCCCCAAUGAGCAAGAUGUGCUACGAUCCAGAGUCAAAACCACAGGCAUCAUCGAGACCAAGUUUUCCGUCAAAGACUUGAACUUCAGGAUGUUCGAUGUGGGAGGGCAGAGGUCGGAGAGGAAGAAGUGGAUCCACUGCUUUGAGGGAGUCACGUGCAUCAUUUUCUGUGCGGCCCUCAGCGCCUACGACAUGGUGCUGGUGGAAGAUGAUGAGGUGAAUCGUAUGCAUGAGUCCUUGCACCUGUUCAACAGCAUCUGCAACCACAAGUUCUUCGCGGCCACGUCCAUUGUCCUCUUUCUCAACAAGAAGGACCUCUUUGAGGAGAAAAUCAAGAAGGUGCAUCUCAGCAUUUGCUUCCCAGAGUAUGAUGGGAACAACUCUUAUGAGGAUGCAGGGAAUUAUAUCAAGAGCCAGUUCCUUGACCUCAACAUGCGAAAAGAUGUCAAAGAAAUCUACAGUCACAUGACCUGCGCUACGGACACGCAAAACGUCAAAUUUGUCUUUGACGCAGUUACAGAUAUUAUCAUCAAAGAAAACCUCAAGGACUGCGGGCUCUUCUAACCUCCAUCAUUUCCCACGUGUAUCUUCCACGAACAGGCUUGGAAUCUGGGCAAUUUUGAGCAGAAAAUGUCCGGUCACGACACCAUGA